UGAAGUGCAUUUUGAUUUUCUCAGAUACCAGGUGGAUCAGCAAGUAACAAGAUGAUAUAUGGUACAGAUGAACUCCUUCACCAAGCCGGGUUAAAAGAAAAUUAUAAUCCUUCUGGAUUUCUUUAUGGGACUGAAGCAGCAACUAAGGUUGGAAAGCCGGCUCCAGCACCUCGUCCAAACAACAUGAUCUGGCUGGAAGAAAGAACGGAAAAAGAAGCAGUUAAGAAUAAGAAAUUAGCCUCAACACAAGAUGAAUUUUUAGCAAGGCAUUUGAAAGAGAAAGCAAGGAUGCGACAGGCACAACAAGAAGAGAAGAGAAAGGACUUGGAAGAUCUGAAGAACUAUGACCCUUGGGGACGACCAGGCGGAGGGGCACCUAUUACAUCUGAGUCUGGUAGUGAUGAAAAACCUGACGCAAAAAGAACAAAAAAUGUCAAGAACCUUGUUCAAGAGCCUUAUCAACCAUUUGGAGGCCGUCAAGGUGGAGGAGGUGCUCCAAACAGAACAGAGUCAGGAAAAGUUGCUGCAGGUUUCCGUGCUGAUCCUGAGCUUAGAUUUCCGAGACAUGCAUCUAAAGCUAACGUGGAACCUGUUUUGAGGUAUGGUGGAAGAAAUGAGCGAUACAAACAGGAGUUAGAUUCCAUGAUUGAAGGUUCGAGGACUAGAAAACUGCUUCAAAGAGAAAAGAGCAUUGAAGAGGAAAUUCAUCAUUGUAAUACAGACCCUUUUGGAAGAGAAGGUGCUGGGGCACCCAGAAAAACAGGCUCAGGUACUGUAAAAGCCAGUUAUCCUACAACAUUGUCAAAAGACAUUGAAGAGCUUCGGCAUGGGAGCCGCAGGUAUCCGCAAGCCUUCAAUCAAGGCUUGAAUGAAACAAGCUCAUAUCAAGAUAAACCCCAGUAUAAUCCUUGGGGUAAAGGGCACGGAAAUCCUCCAAUGUUUGAUAGACAAGGACGAAUGGUUAAACCUGCGCGAGAUAGGGACGAGAAUGACUUGAAGGGCAUUGGUAUUGACGUUAAUCGACCAGGCGCUGGGGCUCCAAAUGUCGACAAAAGUGGAAACUUGAAAGUAAGGAAAGGACAAACAUUGACGAAAAGUUCAAGCGGACAAACAAUUCAGCGUGAUUUCAGUCCUGUCAAUCAGCGUGACGUUUACGAUCCCUGGGGAAGAUCCGGAGCGGGAGCCCCCAUAAAGGACCCCGAAGGACAAAUUCAAACACGUACCGCUGGCAAAGUGGCUCAUGAUUCAAGUGCAUUUUCGGCAAAUGGCAAGAGAGACGUAAGAGCUAAGCAGGAACUUCUCACAACUUUACAGGAAAUGUCUGAAGAAAGCAGACAACGACGGAAGGCCGAACAUGAAGAUCUAUUAACUGGUGAAAAGGACGUUGCUUCUUGGCUGCGAUCAGGUGUUGUGGGACAGCCUAGUUAUGAUGCCACCACCAAAGAGAUAAUUGCUCAAAAGAAACAAACUUCAGAUGUCACAUCGCAGGUUUUAAAUAUCAGAAGACAGAAGAACGAAAAAAGCCGCGAAUACCAUACUGAUUUGGAGACUCAAGCACGGGAGAGAUAUCAGCAUCGCAAACAGAGCCAAGAGGAGCAGAGGGUCAAGUCGGUGGAGGUACGUGACCAGGAGGAAAGCCUUGGCCCUAGGGACGUUGUAGAUUUCUCAUUCCAGACAUUUCCGGUGGCCAAUGGAACAGCAUUUCCCACAAUUUCUGGAAAAGACGAUAAUCCCGGUGGGUUUACCCAAAUUCUCGAAACUUCGUUACUGGAAAUGUAG